CCCUGUCCUGUGGGCAGCACCCCAUCUCAGCAGGGUGACAUGACACAGAGAGAAGCCAGGACUUCCCCAGGGAUGCCUGGACUGGGCGGCCACAGCAGCGGAUCUGGGAUGGCACUGGGCACUGACAGGAAGAGGAGCCGCCUGAUGAAGGCGAAGCAGGGACUAUGGGGAGAGACUAGCUGGGGCAGCCAGAGAUGGAGGAGACCUGGCCCCACCAGCCAUAAUCCCAGAGCCAGGAGCUUGGCUGUUGGCAGGGGCGAGUCCAGUCCUGAGAAUGCAGCCCGUGAACGGAGUAGAGUAAGGACUCUUCGUCAAGCCUUUCUGGCCCUGCAGGCAGCAUUACCUGCAGUGCCCCCAGACACCAAGCUCUCCAAACUCGAUGUACUGGUCCUGGCCACUAGCUACAUAGCCCAUCUUACCCAAACCCUAGGCCAGGAGCUGCCAGGGGCAGCUUGGCCCCCCUUCCUGCGUGGACUCCGCUACUUGCACCCUCUCAAGAAAUGGCCAAUGAGAUCUCGCCUCUACGCUGGAGCCUUGGGGCCAUCUGGCCUUGACCCUCCUAUCAGCGGUGCUCCUGGCCAGAGAAUGUGGGAAUCAACAUUCAGGCCCCAAGUCCCUGGAGAGGGGGAGUUCAUUCCUCCCAAGCCAGUCUCACCAACUUGCAGCAGCAAUUAA